CAAGAAACCAAUCCACAAUACUAAACUCACCCUUUAAUAUUUACCUCCAGGAUCUCACAACAACUAUAUAUUAACUUGCAGAAUGAACAAUCUUGCAUAUUUCUUUGUAUUUUGCCUCCUAGCCUCUAUUUCUCAUGCCAUAGAACUCGACUUUUGUGUUGGGGAUCCUAGUCUUCUUAGGGGCCCUAAAGGAUAUGCUUGCAAAGAUCCUGCUAGUGUCACAACUGAUGAUUUUGUUUACACUGGUUUCCGUGGUGAAAGAACCAUUUCGAAUGUUUUCGGAAAUAAUGUUACUCUAGCAUUUUCAGAUGCGUUCCCCGCCUUAAAUGGUUUAGGCAUCUCGAUGGCAAGGCUAGACUUUGGCGUUGGUGGAGUAAUCCCACUACACUCCCAUCGUACAUCAGAAGUUCUUAUUUUGGCCAAAGGCUCCAUCAUUGCUGGAUUUAUUGAUGCAAACAAUACUGCAUUCUAUAAAAGAUUACAAGUUGGUGAUGUGAUGGUCUUUCCACAAGCAAUGCUUCACUUCCAAAUUAAUGUUGGUAGAACUCCGGCUACUGCGUUUGUUAGUUUGAAUGGUGCGAAUCCAGCAUUGCAACUCACUACUCCCUCGUUGUUUGCUGGUAAUUUACCUGCUGAUAUAGCUGGGCAAAUCACACUCCUGAGUCAUGAGGAAGUUAUGCGGAUGAAAAGAAUGUUUGGUACAGCAUAAUAAAAACCCAAUAGGAAUUAUUUCAAGGUCAACAAAUAAGUUUUUAAAUUAAUAUUUUAAUAAAGAGUGUAGAAAUGUUUAUGUCUCUAGUACUACACAUUUAUACGUAAAAAUCUCCCAUUAGUUUGGUCAUCUUUUCUAUUGUUAAGUUGAAUUUCAUGAUGUAUACUUAGAUUCUGAUCGAUGAUUAAUAAAGUACUCUCGUUUUGUUUUA